AAAAAGCCAAGCGCAUCAUAAAAAAAAAUAUUAAAAAAAAAAAAAACCCCCUUCUUCCCGCCAUUUUACACCACCACACAGCAACUACGAUUUCAAGCUGCAAUUCGAAGACAAAAAAUGGAGUUUAGUAUAAGUGGGAGUUCACUGAAAACCCUAUCUCGCUCCAUCACCUGCCUCGCCCGCAUCGGCAACGAACUCGUUUUUCAGUCAUCUCCUUCUCAGCUCUCUCUUCACACUCUUAAUUCAUCGAGAUCGGCCUAUCAAUCCAUAACAUUCAAGCCCGAUUUCUUUGAUGUAUAUUCGGUAUCUGGUGCCCUGGUCCAAUGCAGCGUGCUUUUGAAGGCAAUAUGUUCGGUUCUGAGAACUCCGAUUGCUAGUAUCGAUCAUUUGAACGUUGUGCUGCCCGAUUCUGAUUCGUCGAAGGUGCAGUGGACUUUGGAAUGUUUCAAUGGUAUGAGAAAAUCGUAUUGGAUAACGUGCAACGUCGAACCCGAUAUACAACAUCUAUCGCUUGAUCGAAGAAAGCUUCCGAGCAGCUUUGUUGUAAGGCCUCGUGAUCUUAACCAAUUACUGUCUAAUUUUCAAUCAACCCUUCAAGAGAUUACUAUCAUUGCAACCCAACUGUCUGCAUUGCCUCUCGAUGCUGCUGACGAGAUGGGCGGAAAAUCCGUGGAACUUAGAAGUUACUUAGAUCCCACCAAAGAAAAUGAUUCGUCACUACACACUCAGCUAUGGAUAGAUCCUACCGAAGAGUUUGUCCAGUAUACUCACUCUGGUGAUCCCGUUGACGUAACAUUCGGAGUUAAGGAGCUGAAGGCAUUUCUUGCAUACUGUGAGGGAUGUGAAGUUGAUGUACACUUGUAUCUUGAUAAAGCUGGAGAGCCAAUACUGAUGGCACCGAAAUUCGGGUUGGACGACGACGGUUCGACUUCAAACUUUGAUGCUUCCCUUGUACUUGCCACCAUGCUCGUGUCGCAACUCAAUAAUGGUGGAAAUUCUUCUCAACCUCAUCCAACAGUGGCCAAUAACCGGGCCCCGGAAAAUCAGGCAACAAAAGGAAAUACUUGUGAGAAUCCAUCGGAUCACACCAGAAUUUGGUCGGAACUCUCAGGUGAGAACACCAUAUGUUAUGUAUUUCGUUUUCAUACUCGUAUAGAUGGUGUAGGCAUUACUAGAGAACGUGUUUUAUCACAACGCCAUCGAAGCAACUGGGUAGAUGCAGACGAGGAGGAUGAUGAAGGGGACGAGACUGAGUUAUAUGUCGAGUCAACACCGCCGUACUUGUGAAAGAAGGCUUCUAUUACUUGUCUCUACAGAAGGUCUAAACUCCGUAAAAGUUGGUUCAUGUCGAGUUUGCUAAAUGGUCAAAACGAGGGAUUUAAUGAGAAGAUGGGAAUGAUAUUAUUAUGGCUACUUUGCCUUCGGACUUACUUUGGAUUUAUGCUACUUUUCUUCUUUCGUCGUGUCAUCGAAUUUCACGUUCUCUCUGAGCCCGGCACCCCCCCCCCCCCCCCCCGCCAACUCUGAAUAGCUUUCUAUAAAAUGUCACUCAACAGCAGAGUUGUAGCCCUUUUGAGAUUUCAAUUUUUGUUCCAAUCUCUCUGUCAAUUUAUAUUGAUAAAAUCUAA